UGUUUGUCCCUUGGGUUUAGCUGUGCAAGUGUCGCUGGUUUGAGACAGAUCAGAUCUGUAAAUCUGCACUGUGGCUUCAGGAAACAGGACAGUGAAGGUGAAGGGGAAGAAGGGUGUCUGAAUACUGAUGAAUGAGCUGUGAUGGAUAACAAGGACUCAGAAGCUGAGAUCCACCCUCUGAAGACUGAGGAUGUAAAAGCUCAGGAGAACCAUGAAAACUUUGUGGAGAGGAGGAUUGUCAAGACCUCGGGGCUGUCCCGGCUGUCCCGAUGGCGCACUGCUGCCUUCUUCAUCUCCCUGUUCCUCUGCCUGAUCAUUGUGUUCGCUUUCUCCUUUAUCAUUCCCUGCCCAGAGAGGCCAGUUUCAGAAAGAACAUGGUUCCAAUACUUCAACAAUGCAGUGCCCUACCAGUUCCUUGUUUUAGAAGAUGUGAAUGAAGACAAAGUACAAGAUGUGCUCUUUGCUUUCAAAUCCAGCAAUGGCAGCAGCAGCUUCAACGUGUCCUGUCUGGAUGAAGGGCUGCCGUCUCCCUGUGCCUUCAUUGCUGCCAUGUCAGGCACGAAUGGCAGCGUGCUCUGGGAGAGCCCUGCUGCGAAGGACGUGCAGUGGCUGCAGUGUGGCAUCCAGCAACUGGGCACAGCAGAGGCCCCGGGCUGCCUCGUGGUGGAGAAGCCACUGUCCCUUACAGCAGUCGACCUGCAGACAGGGGCAGUUCUAUGGAGGCAAUCCAGUGACUUUGGAGCUAAUUAUACUGUGCUGACUCCUUUGUCAGUGAUUCCAGAUAUGGAUAAUGAUGGAGUUGAGGACCUGAUAAUCUUUAUUACUAAAGGAGGCCAGGUGAAGACCUUCAUCCAUUCAGGAAAAACUGGCCAGCAGAUCGGCUCCACUGGCAGCCUGAGCGUGGAUGGCAACGCUCGCUACAUCAGGCUGCACCUGCACUCCUCCUCCUCCUACUUCCUUUUCUACACAGAGAGCUCUCUGUAUGCAUAUUCCCUGCAAGAUCUGUGCAGUGCAGCACUUGGGAUGGAAGUUAAGCUUCCCAACUUCCAGCCGGAUCCUCACUGGGAGAAGCACAUUGACCAUACCACACACCGUGCAUCCCUUCCCAGAUUUAGAGACAUUCACUACCUGGCAGAAGUUCCUGAGCACUCACAGGACAGCAUCUUGGUGGUGGACUCAGAGAUGGCUACACUGAUCAACACAAAAGAUCUCCGCACUGUGUGGACCCUCAAUGUGUCCCAUGCUUUGAGGGAGCCACUGUCUGGUUACUACAAACCUGAUGUCCACAGUAUUGUCCUGGAGAGUGAAAUUGGACCCAACAGGAAGAAGGUUAUGAUUGUUGAGAGUGAAUCUGGAGCAGUCCAGUGGGAGCUGGAGCUGAACUCAGGAGCAGAGGGCCCUGGCCCAGCCACGCUUCCCACCGCGGAUCACCGCUCUGCCUUCCUCUUGUGGGGAGACUACCAGCAGCCAGGCAAUGAGACAAGACACAGAGCUCCUCUCUCGAAGCUGUACCUUUUCCAUCCUUCCUACACUCACGUCCUGUUGGAGCUCCGUGACAGCACAGACCAGAUCAUUGCGUUCACUGCGGCGCUGUUUGAGCGGAGCCAUCACGCCUGCUAUGUGCUGCUGCGGGGCCCCCAGCCUGGCAAGGGGCCAGGCCUGGUGUCCCUGAUGAAGAGGAAGCUGAAGGAGGAUGUCUUGGUCAGCAAGGUGAUCUGGCUGCACCACAUGGACGGGGACAACGAGCAGUACAUCCGGGACCGCCUCUACAGGAUGCGAUUCCAGAGCCGAGAUUGAACUUGCCGAGGAGUGAGAAGAGGCUGUCUCUGCUCUGCAGCCGUGCUCUCAACAAGCCCAGAGCCUGGAUUCCGAUGGGAAGCUGCCUUUCUUGAUCCACAGACCAAAGUGUGGCUGGCAGGGAAGCGCCCCCAGUGUCUAGGGACCCCCAGGCUGUGGGGGCAGCUGCCAGAGCAUCCGUCCUCAGAGCUGCUGGGACUUCAGUGCUUGGCCACCACUGAAGUGUCAUCAGCUCAGGGAGGAGGGCUUUCCCCUCCCUCCCUCUGUGCCCACAGAACUGUGCUGACUCAGGAGUGUGUCUGGAGGAAAACAUGUACUUGCUGAGA